CUCUGAGGCCCAGACUACCUGAUUGAAGAUAUGUACUGAGUUUAGUCAUUUACACGAUAACGUUUGACAUAUAAACGAAAAUCUACUCGAGUUGUCAAGUUUGUUAAAUAUUUAUACGAAUUAACGCGCAACAAAGUUCUGAUGAGAGCCGAGAGGUUUCUCUUGAUUUUGUUGUGUGUCUUGUUCACAUGAAGAUCAGAUGAUGGAUGCUGAGAUCAUCAGGAUAGAUUCAGAUAUCAGUGUAUCAUCUUCAGAGGGACUGACAGCACCUGAGUUCACCUGUCACUGUUGUUAUGAAAUUCUCAUUGAUCCCACCACACUCACCUGCGGUCACAAUUUCUGUCGUCACUGCCUGGCGAUGUGGUGGUCUUCCUCCGGCCAAGCACAAUGUCCAGAGUGUCGAGAGAUAUGGGAAGGUUUUCCCAAAAUCAACAUUCUCCUUCGGGACGCGGUGGAGAAGUUGUUUCCAGAUGAGGUGAACAGACGGAGAAGGGGUGUACAGGGUGACCCGCAGGCCUGUCAGGUUCUCCUGGCGUUCCAUCAGUUUGGAGAGAAACGGGCUCAUGGUGCAGGUGCAUCAAAGCACUCACUACAGCAAAAGGGAUUUUACACUGGAGUAAUAGCAGCACUGUCCUGCAUGAGCUUGUUGUUGUUAUUGUACAUGAUGUGGCCCAGAGUUGAUCAGGAUGCGGUCAGUAAACCGGUCAGCAGGUGGAGUGUUGAUGAUGUCACUCUGUGGAUGGAUGAGUUAGGGGACUGGAGCAGACAAUACAGAGAAACAUUCAGACGGGAACAGAUCAGUGGCAGAUUAUUGACUGUUCUCGGAGAUGAGGAUCUGUCUGAAGCUCCGUUCAGGAUAGAAGAUCCUCUCCACAGACGAGCUUUACUGCAGGAGAUCCAGAACAUCAAACAUCUCGGAGUUAAAGCACCAGGAAACCUGUGGGAGUAUAAGGCCAUGAAUUUAGGGAAAUCUCUUUUUCUGUUGAUUGGUCUGAGAGAUUCUCCGCGUGUUACGCUGCUUUACCUCUAUCUGUUUGAUUAUGACCAAACGUUUCUUCCAUUCAUCCACACCUCCUGGCCUGCACAAAGAGCCAACACAACGCAGGAUGACCCAUCCCACCAAACUCAGCAUGAUCAGCCAACGUGGCGUCAGUGGGCGGGGUUUCUGGUCAUGUACUGUCUGCUGCCCUAUCAUCUGCUGAUUGAAUUUGCAUGGAAUUGGCUGAACGUUCAUUAUUGGACAUCACGUAUUGUCAUCUUAAAUGCCUCAUUAUUGUCAGUGCUGGAAAUCACAUUUAUUUGGAGACUAUGGAGCAGAGGAGAAAUAAUGACCCUACCUAAUAGGAUGUGGAAUCAUUUGAAGAAGACGAUGUCGCAGUGGUUAAUAUUCGUGCUGCUGUGGCCAGUCAUCCCUCAGUUCAUUUGUAACUGGGAAUUCUACAUAGGCCUCUACUUCAGCCCAAUCUUUAAUAUAGUCGUGUUGAGCAAAAACUUCUAAAUUCAGACACUGCAGCUCUGGAUAUUUAACACACACAAGCAUAAAGCUAUGAUACAGCUGUGGCCUUUAAACUCAAUCAUACAAAUAUACAGGAACACAUAAACUCUUAAUAAAAACACUGAAUCAGUUCACACUCAGAAUCAGAAGUUAAUCAGUUCUGCUCAAUUCUACAUUUUGAAUGAUACCGAUGUGUGGAUGGGUGCACAUUUAUGUUUGUGUUGCUAUGUUUGUUUAUAUUUAUGUAUGUUUUAUUUAUUGUUUAUAGAAAUUGUUUCAAAUCUAUAUUUUGUUAUAAAAAUCUAUUUUCUGAUUCUUCUUAUAUUAUUGAUAUUAUUUUAAUAGAUUGUUCCAUAUUUGACCUAACAAAUUAAUUGACUGUUCCAUCUUUGUCUUUGUUUUAAAAUAUUUAAUUUUGCCAUAGUUUUGCAAAAACAUUCAAGACGGUAAUAAAUAGUUUUCUAAG